AUGGAUGCAAGCUUGAAGUCUGAAGUUAAAAUUAUUGAAAGUGAAUCAUCUGGUAUGUCUGCUAAGGAAGUUACUCAAAGGAAUCUACUUAAAGGGGUAACUGCAGAUGAGAGUGUGGUUGUACAUGACACUUCCUCAUUGGGUGUUGUUGUGGUGAGACACUGUGGAUACACUGGAAUAGUAAAGGUCGUUGGUGAAGUUAAGAAGGGACAAUGCAGGAUUCAAGAUGUUGAUCUUGACGAUCAACCAAAUGGAGGCAGCAAUGCACUUAAUGUUAACAGCUUAAGGGUUUUGCUUCAUGGCUCAUCUAGUGCUGAAUUGUCCGGAGGAUGCCUGUCACCUCAGUCUGAUUUAGGUGAUAUUGAAAUUUCAAGAAGUCUGGUUCGUAGAAUAGUUCGAGAAAGGCUGAGUAAAUUAGAGAUGGAGGUGGUUUCCGAAAGGUCUAUCAGAUGGGAACUUGGUUCUUGUUGGAUGCAGCAUCUACAAAAGCAGGAAACACCUGCAGAUAACUGUUCUGAAACCCCCAAAGAUGAGGACAAUAAGGCAAACCAAUUGGUUAAAGGACUAGGAAAGCAAUUUAAAAUGCUGAAGAAGAGGGAAAAGAAACUAAAUAAUGCCUGUAGUCUGGAAGUUAAUGAGGAAACUGAUUCAAGAACCAGCAGCUUGGGAGACGUAAACAAUGGUGAGUCUACCAAUGAGGUGGAGUUGAAGAAAUUAAUUCCUGAAGAAGCAUUCUUACGUUUGAAAGAAACUGGGACGAGUCUUCAUUUAAAGUCGGUGGAUGAGCUAAUCAAGAUGGCACACAAGUAUUAUGAUGAUAUUGCUUUACCUAAGCUGGUAACUGACUUUGGAUCGCUUGAACUUUCACCGGUUGAUGGACGCACUCUGACUGAUUUCAUGCAUCUAAGAGGACUACAAAUGCACUCUUUGGGUCGUGUGGUUGAACUUGCGGAGAAUCUUCCUCAUAUACAAUCACUCUGUAUUCAUGAGAUGGUCACUCGAGCUUUCAAGCAUGUAUUUAAAGCUGUUAUUGCUUCUGUUGACAAUGUGGCAGACUUGUCUGCAGCAGUAGCGUCAUCUCUGAAUUUCUUGCUUGGUGCCUGCUCAAUGGAAGAUAAUGACCAAAACUCGAGCGAUGAUCACAUCAUCAAGUUGCAAUGGUUAGGGGCAUUUCUUGUGAAAAGAUUUGGUUGGAGGAUAAAAGACGAAUUCCAACACUUGAGGAAGUUAUCGAUUCUCCGAGGACUUUGCCACAAGGUUGGAUUGGAGCUUGUUACAAGAGACUAUGAUAUGGAAAGCCCAAACCCCUUUAAGAAAUCUGAUGUUAUCAGCUUGAUUCCCAUGUGCAAACAUGUAGUAUGCUCUUCUGCGGAUGGGCGAACUCUACUAGAAUCGUCCAAGAUUGCGCUAGACAAAGGGAAGCUAGACGAUGCUGUUAAUUAUGGGACACAGGCUCUAGCAAAGAUGAUAGCUAUAUGUGGUCCCUAUCAUCGAACAACUGCAGGCGCAUACAGUCUUCUAGCAGUGGUUCUUUACCACACUGGAGAUUUUAAUCAGGCAGCCAUAUAUCAACAAAAGGCUUUGGAUAUCAAUGAACGGGAGCUUGGGCUGGACCAUCCAGAUACAAUGAAAAGCUAUGGGGAUCUUUCAGUGUUUUACUAUCGGCUCCAACAAAUUGAAUUGGCACUGAAAUAUGUCCACCGUGCUUUGUUCCUUCUUCGUUUUACAUGUGGGAUGUCUCACCCAAACACAGCUGCAACUUAUAUAAAUGUGGCUAUGAUGGAAGAGGGCAUGGGAAAUGCACAUGUUGCUCUCAGAUACCUGCAUGAAGCCCUUAAAUGCAACCAAAGAUUGUUAGGAGCAGAUCACAUACAGACUGCCGCUAGCUAUCAUGCUAUAGCAAUAGCUCUUUCCAUGAUGGAAGCAUAUUCCCUCAGUGUGCAACAUGAACAAACUACACUACAGAUUCUUCAAGCCAAAUUGGGUUCAGAGGAUCUUCGUACUCAGGAUGCUGCUGCCUGGCUAGAAUAUUUUGAAUCAAAAGCCUUAGAGCUGCAAGAAGCGGCACGAAGUGGAACUCCAAAGCCCGAUGCGUCCAUUGCCAGCAAAGGUCACCUUAGUGUAUCAGAUCUCCUUGAUUACAUCAGUCCUGAUCAGGAAUCAAAAGCAGGAGAUGCACAGAGGAAACGGCGUGCAAAGGUGUUGAUGAUUAGUGAUAAAUUUCAUCAAGUGCAGCAUGAUGGACAAAAUGGUGACACCGUGACUCGCAAUGGAACAGAAACCUCAGUGGUGAUAGCAAAAAGCAACACAGAGGAGGAUAAGGAAGAUAUGGUUCUUCCCCGAGAACCCAAGGACAGCGAUAUCACUAGACUUGAUCUUACAGUUGCAGAAACUGGCACAGAAUCAAGCUCAGAUGAAGGGUGGCAAGAAGCCAAUUCAAGAGCACGAUCAGGAAAUAUUGCUGGCAGGAAAGGUUGCAGGCGACCAGAUCUUGCUAAGCUAAACAUAAAUAAUUCUGACUAUAGUUUUAGAGAUGGCAGAUACAGGAAGGAAUCCGUUUCACAGCGACAGAAAGCUACAUCCAAGACAAUUUCAACUGAAUUGUCUCCAAAGAAGCAGUCAAAGGUUCUUAGUUUGAGUACUGGUGAGGAUUUGAGUAUACUGUCAGCAAAAACUUCAAUUUGUCAAGCUUCUCCAGUAGCAAUCCCCAAAGUUUCUCCCAUUACUGCCAAUCUCACAGCCAUUGCUUCAAAAACUUUGUCAUACAAAGAAGUAGCUGUGGCACCACCAGGUACGGUUCUAAAGCCCUUACUGGAGAAAGUUGAAGAAUUAAAAGAGGAAAAAACUGAUACCCAAAUCUGCAAUAGUUUACCUGAGCCAUCAAAGGAGGAUGGAAGUGACACAAUCGCCGUAGAUGAAGCAAUACCAGAUGAUGAAGAUACAAAAGGAGUCAAGGAUUGUGAAAUUCAUGAAAUUGAGCCUGAGUUCAAAAAAUCUGCUUCAGAACUUGUGGAUGUUCCGUGUUCAGGUAAUCAGGAUAAACCGAUAGAAAUGAAUGGGAGCAAGCUUUCGGCUGCAGCUCCACCAUUCAAUCCAGGUGCCUUCCCUUUGACUCACCCAUUAAACUCAGUUGCUGUCACUGGUGUCUACGAUGUAAUAGCCAACCAAGGCAUGCUCGCAGAGGCAGUGGGAUUCCCAUCAGUUGCUGCCAGAGUUCCUUGUGGGCCUAGAUCACCUCUAUAUUACAAACUAAGCCAUUCUUUCCGCAUGAAACAUGGGUUUUUGAAAUACCAAAGGCCCAUCCCUGAAAGGACUGGACUUGGUUGUGCAAGAAUCAUGAAUCCAGAUGCACCUGAAUUUAUUCCCAGAAAAUCUUGGCAAACAAAUCAUACAAGUGAAGAUUCAAAAGUUUCAACUGAUCCAAGUUGUUUGGCAGAUAGUAAUAAGGGAUUCUCCACAGAAGAGAAGCGCGAGGACAAGGACAAGGACAAGGACAAGGACGCAAAUGUGGCCAAGGAUAACAAAUUCAGAAAAAGCUCUUCAGAUGCAGAGAAAGCAGAGCUAGCAAGGCAGAUGCUACUUAGCUUCAUUGUAAAGUCAGUUCAGCAUGAUUCUGAUCCUGCAGAUGACAAUCCAGUUAGCAAGAAGGCAGCUGAGUUUCCAGAAAGUUCUGCUGAAGCAUUUGCUAAUGACAGUGCAAUAACAAAAAUUCUUUAUGGGAAUGAAGGAAAGACAACCCUGGUUUCACAAGCUCAUAAUAACGAAGAGCCAAAAUCACCAGAUGUAAAUAAGAAUAAGCAUGGUGAUGGAGAAGGAUUUGUGGUCGUUACAAAGAGGAGAAGAAGCCGACAGCAAUUCACAAACAGGGUAAGCGGGCUGUACAACCAGCAAUCGAUCUGUGAGUCAGUCCGUUGAAGAUAAAGAGGAGAGAUGAAAAGAAGCCAUAGGGCAGGUCUUCUCCUUUACAUAUCCCAGUAUAAGUGUGGUAGAGAUCUCUUCACAUCACAAUUUUAACAUUGUAGACAUGUCUGAGAAGCAAUGUAGUAGAGGUUCAAAGGCUCGUUGUAUUUGCUAAAUGCAAUCAUGAAGUUCACCGAUGAUUGGUUCAAUUUUUGUUGAUUAAGAAGCCCUUGUGGGAUGUUUAACAAUGUAUUUAGAGGUUUGUUUUUCUCUUACCCAGAAAUUUUGUUGAAUAAUGAAAAAUCUAAUAGGUUUUUGUCACCUUUUCAAUUUUAUUUGCUUUAUGGUUGAAACCUUUGAUGUUAUUCUUUUCUAA